ACAUUUUAUUAUUGGGCUUAUUGGGUUCAGCGAUUUUCUUCUCCAAUACAGCCAAGGAGAGACAGGGCUGUGCAAGUGCCAUCCCCUUCUCAGUUGUUUAUAACAAACUGACAAUAAAAUUCAUACUAAAGAAGGGACAGGGCUCUUCCUAGCCAAGCACUACAAACUCUGCAUGGAAGUAUUCAGUGGGGCAUUACUGAAUUCCGUGAUUGGGGAAGUGCAGCUAAAAAUAUCUGAGCAAUUUUUCACUAUUGCCAAAAUGCUUAGGCAAGAGCUUAAGAAAAAGUAAAUAACCCAUUAAAUAGAGGAGGGAUGUUUAGGUCAUAGCUAUCUACUGAUCAGUCUGUCACUAGCAUUUACAGGUCAGAGUCCUGCUGGGCCAGUAGCAGAAUGGAGGACACCUGGAGAGAUCUGGGGAGAGAGGAGCUGGAACACCAGUACUCCCCCAGCCAGUGGUCACCACGCAUGGACAAGGAUGCAGUGAUAAAAGCCCACGUUAAUAAGACCACAGAAGGAACCAGAAUAUCUCGUUCAUUGUCAAAGACCAUGCUUAAUAUUCAAUAUGGGGAAAGAGAAAGCGAGAAAUUGGAUUUGUACCUACCACAAGUGCCUUCUACAAGUUUCCCUCUUUUAGUCUAUAUUCAUGGAGGAUACUGGCAGUUUUUAAGUAAGGAGGAAUCUGGCUUCAUGGUACCCCCACUGGUGCUUCAUGGUAUUGGAGUAAUGGUGAUGGACUAUGAUAUUGCUCCUCAAGGUCACAUGGAUCUCAUUGUGUCACAAGUCAGACAGAGCAUUGCAGUGACAAUACAACGCUAUCCACAAAUCACUGGAAUAUACUUGUGUGGACACUCAGCAGGAGCUCACCUGGUUGCAAUGACACUGUGCACCAAGUGGUCAGAGUACAUGGUAAAGCCUGAUAUUAAAGGAGCUGUGCUUGUCAGUGGAGUAUAUGAUCUUCUCCCCAUCAUCCACACUUACGUCAAUGAUGCAUUGAAAAUGUCACAGACGGACGCUGAGAGAAACAGUCCAAUGCGAUGUCUGACCCAGAUGGAAAGCCACAUUCGAACCUGCCAGAUAGCCAUUGUUGUUGCUGAACACGAUUCUCCAGAAUUUCACAGACAAUCCCAGGAAUAUUUUCAGAGUCUUCAGGCAGUGGGUUUCAGUGUUACAUUUACACAGAUUGAUGGCACUGAUCACUUUGAUGUUAUUGAGCAGCUACAUGAUGAAAAGUAUGUGCUAACUCAGAUGAUUCUAGAAAUGAUUAAGAAGAAACAGAGCUGACUAACUAAGGUGUAGAUUUUGGAGGUAAUGAGGAGAAUAUUUUUAAAAACUCUUUUUAUUAAAGAAAUCAGUGUUACAGGUAUAGCAAAUCAUAUUGCUUUUAUGCACGUAUAUUUUACAAAAACAAUAAACUUAUUAUUGAGUCUA